AUGGCUCUGGUACAUCUGUCUUACCCACAAGUCACAGUGACGCUGCUUCUGCUGCUGUUCAUGCUCAGCUUGGCUGCAGGUGGGAAGCUGCUGGUGGUGCCAGUAGGUGGAAGUCAUUGGCUUACCAUGCGGGAAGUGGUGGAUGGACUCAAGCAGAAAGGGCAUGAAAUAGUCGUUGUUUCACCUGAAUUCAAUUUACAUGUAAAGCCAUCAGAGAAUUUUACAAUGAAGAUGUACUCAGUGCCUGUAACUGAGGAAGAGAUAAACGGAGAUUUCCAGGCAUUUUUAAAGGAUGCGUUUGAAGAAGGAUCAUUUCUGGAAAGAUUUCAUAGAGUACGUGAAAGAGUGAAAAGACUCUUUGAGUUAGGCUUCAUAGCCUGUGAACAGUUACUGUACAACAAAGAACUUAUGAGAUAUCUUGAGGAGAAUAACUUCGAUGCUCUCUUUACAGACCCUGCACUGCCCUGCGGAGCGAUAGUGGCUGAGCAUCUUUCAAUCCCUUCUGUGUAUUUGUUGAGGGGAAUACCGUGUGGCUUAGAUAUUGAGGCUACUCAGUGUCCCAGUCCCCCUUCUUACGUCCCCAGGCUAUUUACAGACCAUACAGAUCACAUGAACUUCCUGCAGCGUGUGAAGAAUGUCAUCUUUGACACCUCAAAUCUUUUUCUUUGUGACUUCCUUUUUAAACCAUAUGAGAAACUGGCUUCUGAGUUUCUUCAGCGAGAUGUGACCAUGCUUGACCUCUUUCGUAAGGCUUCUGUAUGGCUUCUGAGGCUGCUCUCAGUUGAAGAGGAAUUUUUUGCUCUCCUAGUGAAUGUCUGUGGUGGGACUUUGCAUCCACUAGUGAAAGGAACUGCCAGGUACUGUGUGCUGCCCGUAGUUUUCUCUUUGUGCAGCACUCCCCACAUUUUGGCAGGAAUGGCCCUGGUACUUCCUUCUCACACACAAGUCACAGUGACGCUGCUUCUACUCCUGUCCAUGCUCAGCUUGGCUGCAUGUGGGAAGCUGCUGGUGGUGCCAAUAGAUGGGAGUCAUUGGCUCAGCAUGCGGGAAGUGUUGGAUGGACUCCGGCAGAAAGGACAUGAAAUAGUCGUUGUUGCACCUGAAGUCAAUUUACACAUAAAGCCAUCAGAGAAUUUUAUUUUGAAAACCUAUCCAGUCCCUUUCACACAGGAAGAGAUGGAUGGCACUUUCCGACAAUUUUCACAGGAUGCAUUCUCAGAAGGAUCCUUUCUGGAAAGGCUUUCUAGAAUUCAUCAGCGUGCUGAAAAAAUGUCUACCAUAUUCCUGUCUACUUGUGAGCGUUUACUGUACAACAAAGAGCUCAUCAGAUAUCUUGAGGAGUCUGAGUUUGAUGCUCUCUUUACAGACCCUGCACUGCCCUGCGGAGCGAUAGUGGCUGAGCAUCUUUCAAUCCCUUCUGUGUUUCUUUUACAGCAAAUACCAUGUGGCUUAGAUAUUGAUGCCACUCAGUGUCCCAACCCCCCUUCUUAUGUCCCCAGGAUAUUCAGUGGCAAUACAGACCACAUGAACUUUCUCCAGCGUGUAAAGAAUAUUUUUUUUGACAUCCCACAUUCUCUUCUUUGUCAUUUACUCUUUCAACCAUACACAAAACUGGCUUCUGAGUUCCUUCAGCAGGAUGUGACUGUAUUGGAUCUCUUACGCAAGGCAUCUAUUUGGCUUUUACGAUUUGACUUUGUUUUCCAUUAUCCAAAACCAUUGAUGCCAAAUAUGAUAAUAAUUGGAGGAAUAACCUGCACUCAUAAGAAGCUAUCUCAGGUGGGUGAUGCCUUCAUUUUUUUCUUCACUUAA